ACGGGAACUUCCAAACGAUUCCAAGCCCUCCUUAAAUUCACUGGACGCUGGACCUCUUCCACUAGCCGUUGCACUCGCAUCACGCCGCUCUCUCCAUCUCCGUCUCUUCUCCUAUCGUCGUCUGGCUCCUGAUGGAGGCCUCCGCAGCUCCGGCGACCAGCCCUUCGUCCGACGAGCGCCUGUGGGCAGGCCUCCGAGAUCGCGUCGACUCCAUCCUCCAGAAUCGGGAUCCCAAGAUCCAGCUUUCGAUUUCGUCUUGCUGUAAGAUGGAAUCGGAGUGCGGCAAGAGGUUAAGGGAAGGAUCCGAGCUUCUGAUGAGAGGAUUCGAUUCGGUGUCUUCCAGUUUGACGCAUCUUUCCAGCACCCUGAACUCCACCCGGCAGAGAGUGAUUGAUCUAACUAAGUAUUCAGCACCAGAUGUCCUACACGAAGAAAGUAAUAAUGCAGAUGAAGAAGUGCCAAAACCCAAGAGACAUUGUGUUUCUGAGGAGACCCGAAACAAGGAUGAAGUUGGUUCCUGUGAUGAACAUGAUUCACCUGUAACUAAAACUUCUACAGAAAGUGACAAGGUGGCAGAUUCGAGUAAGGGAGAUGAAAAGAUUGCUGUUGCUGCAUCACCAAGUGAAGUGCUGAAAAAAAAUAAAACUCUUGCCGUUAUGAUGGCUACCAAAGCAUCAUACCUGUCAAGGGAACUCAAAAGCAUAAAAUCAGAGUUCGGUUUCAUGCAGGAAAGAUGCAAUCUACUUGAAGAAGAGAAUAGGAGGCUUCAUGAUGUUAUUGAUAAAGGUGAUAGAGCAGAAGAAGAUGACUUGGUGAGACUUCAACUGGAAGCUCUGUUGGCUGAGAAGUCCAGAUUAGCAAACGAAAAUGCCUGUCUAAUGAGAGAGAACCAGUGCCUUCAUGAGCUUGUGGAGUAUCACCAAUUAACAUAUGAUCUAUCAGCAUCAUAUGAACAAGCUAUCAAUGGGAUGUGUCUAGAUUUUGGUUACUUGGAUGAUGAGCAUGACUGUGAUGAAAGUGAAGUUCUGGCUACACCAUCAACCAGCAAAUUAGGACUAACUUCACCAUAAUUAUUACCAUACUGCGUGGAAAUUGUUAUUUCCAUCACAAUUAUGUCAUGAUGGUUGCUUAUCUUCAAAUGCCUGUCGUCGAUAGAACAUGAAAUUAUGUUAACGCAAAUGCUUGAUACCA